CCUACAAGAUGAAGGACGGUAUCCAGGGUCAGCCUGCCUAAACUCCGCCGCUGCCCUUCAGACACACCGAAGGCGGCUGUGUCGACCUACCCGGAUGGACUUCAUCCUGGGCGGCGUGGCGGCCUGCGGCGCCUGCCUCUUCACCAACCCGUUGGAGGUCGUCAAGACGCGGAUGCAACUUCAAGGGGAGCUGAAGAGCCGCGGCACCUACCAGGUUUACUACCGCAACGUUUUCCACGCUUUCUACACCAUCGGUAAAGUGGACGGCCUGGCCGGGCUGCAGAAAGGCCUGGUCCCCGGUCUGUUCUAUCAGUUUUUCAUGAAUGGAGUCCGGCUCGGCUCCUUCGCCAUCAUUGAGUCCGCCGGUCACAUCCACACCAACGGAAGGGUCAGCGCUCUGAAGACCAUCGCAGCAGGAGCCGCCGCUGGGGUGGUGGGCGCUGUCAUGGGCAGCCCUGUGUACCUGGUGAAGACUCAUCUGCAGAGUCAGUCUACCUCCUCCAUCGCAGUGGGACAUCAGUAUAAACACCAGGGGAUGAUCCAUGCUCUCAGGGUCAUCCACAGGGAACACGGCAUUCUGGGGCUGUGGAGGGGCUCCAGUGCUGCUGUACCAAGGGUCAGCGUGGGCUCUGCAACCCAGCUUUCCACCUUCUCCUCCUCUAAGGAGCUAGUCAUUGACCUACAGGUUUUCCCCAAGGACAGCUGGUUGGUGGCUCUCAGUGCGGGCAUGAUCAGCAGCGUGAUGGUGGUGCUGGCUAUGACGCCAUUUGACGUGGUCAGCACACGGCUCUACAAUCAGCCUGUUGAUCAUUUGGGAAAAGGACAGCUUUAUAAAGGAUUCACCGACUGCUUCUCCAAGACUCUGAAAAAGGAGGGAUUGACUGGACUCUACAAAGGGUUGGGAGCCUCUUAUUUCCGUCUGGGCCCACACACCAUCCUGUCUCUGUUCUUCUGGGAUGAACUGCGCAAACUCUACCAAAAGCUCAGAUAACACCAGGAAACCAAAAAAAAAAAAAUAUAGUAACUCAUUAAGCUCUGAGUGCAGAGGUUAAACGAGUCCUCUUUCAAAGAGGUGGAAGAAAAAGUAGAUGCUGUUUCUUUUUUUCUUUUUUUUUCCAAGGAAGGAGCAAAAGUUACUUUUCACACUCCGCUGGGAAAACAGUUUAAACUUGAAUUAUGCAGGAAAUGAGGUCAGAAAUGUCUAAAAGUCUCUCAGAGGCUCAGUCAUUAACCACUAGCAUUUGCUUCCUACUGGAGCACGAUGCAUCAGGUGGUGUAAACAAUGUAACCAUUCCGAAGCAUCGAAACUGUAUUUGAUCUGUGUAGAGAAAACAGCGAAGUGACUCUCAUACAGUCCGAUCAGAUCGGCCACAGAUGAAAAGGCUCCGUCGGACCUUCUAAAGCUUUAAUUACUGAGGGGUCGAUUGUCACAUCAGUGCACAUGGCGCUUGUUUAACCGGAAUGCAUACAAGUUUUUAAAAAGUGAAGAUCUGAAUCUUCCUGAAGAAUUUAGGAUGAGGCAAAAAUAAGAUGGAAUCGUCCUUUUAAAGUCAAAUGAAAAAGAAACUUGUCUAUAAACUCAAAUCUGUAGAAACGUUGUCAGCAGAAAAAAAAAAAAAAAGGGGAAUCUUAGUACUGCUAUGACACCUACCUGUGGGAAGUAAAACUUUAAAACAGGAACUGAGAUUAAAAGAUUUUUACAAACUCAUCCUUUUUUCCCCCCAUUGUUGGGGUGUUGUCUUUGUAAAAGAAACAUUAUAUUAAUGAAAAGAAAAAGAAAGUAUGAUGUCCUCUGAGCCGUCCUCCUUCCUCCAGUUCUGUCCAAUCCGAACCUGAUAAACUCUUCCCUCUCCAGAAGCUUAUUUAUUAAAUUUGGGGGUUUUUUUGCCCUCCCCUCCGAAAAAAAGUAAAUAAUAAAAUAAACACAAACUAAUGGAGGGGUGUACAUUUAAUACUAUGAUUGGUUCAGUAAGGUUUUAAAACUCUUCAGAACAUAAAAAAAGUGUUUAACUGAUUAAAGGAAAAUUAAAAAGAUAUGACAUGAGUUAUUUCAAGGUUUGGAAUUUUCUUAAUUCCUAACAGCAAGUAAUGCGCUGCAACAGCGUGCAAGGUAAGAGAGGUAUUGGCUGCCCCCUGCUGGUCGAUCUUAGAGUUUUCUGUAAAUGUGCUUUUAGUUUUCCCGCCUGAAUUACAGCAUUAACCCCACCCAGCUGCUAAUCGAGCAGCAAAUACACAACAGUUACAACCAAUGAGAGUUUUUACAGUGUCCUAGAAUGGAUUGCAAGGAUGUAAAAUUCGAAUUAACCUAAGUUUUGCUUUGGGCUGGAGCAGGUAAAGCAGUAAAUAUUUAGCCUGGGGGAGUGACAGCCUAGUUGUUAGCGCAUAGAUCUUAGAAUCCUGAAGUUCAGAGUUCAAGCCCCACUCUCACAGACUGCCAUUCUGGCUCUCUGAGCAAGACCCUUAAUCCCUGGGCGCCCUACAAUGGCAGCCUACUGCUCCCCAAGAGGAUGGGUUAAAUGCAGAGGUAAAUGUCUCCAAUGUGAGAUCAAUAAAGUUCUAUUAUUGUAUUAUUUAGAAAUCACAUCGCUCCAAUAGGAAAGUGAGGGAUCCAGCAUCCAGAUUUUUAAAGCAGUUUACUUAAGACAACUAA